AUGAUCUCCUCACGCUAUCAUACACUACCGGGGGUCGGCAGUUCCUCUCGAGCCUUCUUCAUCCAUCAGCGCCUGUGGCAACAUUGUCAACAUCUACUUCUUCGCCUGAGCCUUGGUCAGGAAAAGAUCUCAAAAGCCAAGACACGGAAUAUUGGAAGCAUUGAAGCAUUGAUAUUGCUUUCCGAAUGGCAUCCGCGAGCACUACAAUACCCCCCGGAAGCCGAUGGUUGGGAUUCUGACUUCCUCAUGUCACAUCUUGAUGCCCGAGACCCACCUUUGCCGACUGAGGACUCACCUGUAUCUGAUAGAUGGAGAGAAGAUGUCGUGGAACCGACAAAGCGGUUUGAGCGAAUGUCUUGGAUGGUUCUCAGCUCCGCUUUGGCUCUUGCACACGAACUAGGCGGCUUUGACCCCACCAAACAGACACCGAAGCCAGACGACCUUGCUCGGUUAGACGCAGCAAUCUAUCUGGAGCACCUUGAGGUGCGUCGCCAACGUCUUCCAAGCUUGUUGUUUGUCUAA